CGCUGGGGGUUUUUAGAUUCUCAGACAACGUAAACCAAACACUGUUUCGUGUUUUUGUCCUCUUUGGUUUUCUCAUCUUCACUUUCUAUUAUUUUUCUCGGGAGAAAAAAAAACACAUUUUCUGAGCUUUUCCGGGAAAUUUUUGUAACAAAAGAGAAAAGAAAAUCCACAGAACUCUACCAAACACAGAUCUUGUGCAUAGAUUCUCUCGAUCACAAUCCCUUUUGAUCAUUUCUUUAACCAAUCACGUAAACUCACAACCUUUAGAAUAUGAAACCACCACAAUCUGCUUCGUUAGAUAGGUGGAGAGACUAUUUCCGGCGAGGAGGCUCCGAUAUAUUCGAGAUCAUCGAUCACGCCAUCAUGGUCGCUGCUACCGAUUGUCCGAACAAAUUCAAAUCGAGAAGAGACAAAAUCGCAGAGCUUCUCUUCUCGUGCAGAGUCACUCGCUGCAACGGAUGCCACCACAGCAGCGAGCUAUCUCUUCCCGGAGAAGAAGAGGCGGUUGAUGGGAGUAAAGAGAGCAAAGUUAAUAGUAGCAGAGGAGAUAACAAUCAGAUUAUUGUUGGCGGUUAUGAUUGUGAUGAUGAUGAUGAUGAUGAUGAAGCUGAGGCUUUGAGUGAUGCGAUUGAAGAGUUCUCUGUGGUUUUUAAGGAAGUUGUUAGGAUCAAAGAGAUCUUUCUCAAUAAAGACGACGAGCCACACUCGGUGAUACUUGAGGCUUUGAGAAAGCUAAAGUUGAUGUCUUUGGAUGUGGAUGUUCUCAAGAGUACUGAGAUAGGAAAGGCUGUUAAUGGUUUGAGGAAACAUGGCUCUGAUAAAAUUCGUCAACUUGCAAAGACUCUGAUCGCAGAGUGGAAGGAGCUUGUUGAUCAAUGGGUGAACACCACCAAGGAGAUCGCUGGUGGUGCUGAAGGUACACCAGAGUCUGCUAAUCCAUCUGUAGUUGAUGAAGAAGAAGAAGAAGUGUUUCCUUCACUUCCGUAUGGUGUUGAUAUCUUUACACCGGAAGCAAACGGAUUUGAAAUGUUAAAUGGAGAUUUCUUUGAUUCCUUGGACUUUGAUGGAAAUCCUUGUAACUCUGGAGAAUACAACACAAGCAGAGAAGACCAAAGAAGACCACAGAAGAGAAGACCAGAGGGAACACAAAUGAGGAUACAGAAGCCAUCACCAGCUGAUGGGACUAGGAGACCUCUUAAUCAAAGGAUGAAGAACGAAGUGGGAUCUGUUCACAAGUCUGAAAGCCCCAUGAUCCAAAGGAGGAAACCUCCACAAGAAAAACUUAAAGGUCUUGACGCAGACGCAAAGUUUGAGUUUGCUAAAAGGAAACUUCAAGAGAGCUACCAACAACAUGAUAAAGCCAAGAAGCAGAGAACAAUACAAGUACUUGAGACGAUACCAAAGCAAGGUAGUGCUGCUCAGAAACCGCAACUCAAGAGACCUGGAAUGAACAACCGGAACUGGGCAAACGGUCGUAAAUAGCUUUAGAAUGAUGAAACUUUCAGAGGAGAAAAACAUUAUUACAUAAGGUAAAGCAGAGUCUAGUUCCACAAGCUGGAGACAGAAACAAGCACAGUAUGACGAAGCAGAUUCCACAACUGAACUUUCUGUGUUACCACACAUUUCUUGAGCCUUUCAGUACAGUCCCGGUUUAGUUUAAUCCGGCUUGUUCGGGUCAUGUUUGGUUUUGGGACGCGGUGGUAGAAAUUUUUUUUUUCUCGAAUUGACCGGUUCAUCACAUAACUUUGUAUAGUAAUGUGAUUGGUUUAUCACAUUUCUUUUGCAUCAAAUAAAAUAAAAUUUAUCGUACGAUACAUGUAGUUGUGAUUUAUGAAUGUGACCAAAUGUUGUUACU